AUGUCUACGGCCAAGGCCACCAAGAAGAGUGCCUUCUCGUGUGAGCUGUGCCGCAGGCGCAAGGUAAAAUGCGGAGGUGAGCAGCCCAUUUGUCAGCGGUGUGCUGCUCGCAACGAUGAUUGCGUUUACAAGCUAAAUCCGACGUUGUCCUACACUCAGCGACUAGAGGAACGAAUUAAGGAACUGGAAGAUCAAGUAUCCAACCUUGCGAAGUCGCCUUCGUCGCUUGCUGGCUCGCCCCAUUCAAGUCCUCCCGGGUCAGGCGUGCAAGAUGUCCCUUCGCAAACCACUCGGCAUGCCACUGACGAGCAGGGUAUAUGUCGUCGCUUCAAAAGCUUGAAGAUUGACGAAAAAGGAAGCAUCACAUACCAUGGGGCCACUAGUUUUUUCAAUCUUCCAAGUGACCUAACUGGCACCGGAGUGUCUGACACCCCCAUCCUGAACCCAUCGUCCUCGGAUACCGACCUCCAGAGACGAGAGCGCUUAAUUCACAACGCAUGGCACCAGCGCGCCAUGGAAAACUUGAGCGAAAUCCCUCCCGUCAUGAUGUCAGGGCCGACAUACAACCAGAGCUACUAA